CCUUGCAACAUGCACUGUUGAAUAAAAAAACAAACAAAAUAAAAGAAAAUAAACCAACCAACCAUGUGUAUUAUGUUGUGAUUGUGUGAACAAAAGAGAACAUGAUGGUUUGUUUUGAUAGUUUAGUGAUUAUGAUAAUGUAAACUAAAUGUACCUAAAUGCGAAUAAUAUAAAAUGACGAAAACUUGUAUAGUUUGCAAAAAACAACCUAUUCCUGGUGAUCACACUCGUAGUUUUCACAAAUUUCCUGCAAACAAUGAACUGAAACAGAAGUGGAUGCAAGCUAUUGGAGUAACGGAUAUUAAGAAAAUCUCAACUGUUUGUAGCGAUCACUUUGAAGAUGAUGCAUAUCAUCAAACUGAUGGAUAUACAGUCACCAAAAGGCUGUUAUCAACUGCAGUACCUAUUCUCAAUAAAUGUUGUAUAAAAAAUAUUACUAAUAAUAUUGUGAUACCAUCUGUAGUAGAAGAGACUUGUGAUAAGAUUUGUAAGGAAGAGGUGGAUGAAUUUUCGUUCAAUAAUUCAUUGGAGUUGUCAACAAAUACAAAUAAUACGACUACAGUAGGAGAGAUUUGCAAUAAGAUUUACAAGGAAGAGGUGGAUGAUCUUUCCUUUAAUAAUUCAUUAGAGUCAUCAAGAAAUAUAAAUAAUAUUGUUACUGAUUCAAGUAUUCAAGAUAAUACUUACAGUAGUGUAAAUGAAAGUGAUUCAUUGGAAGAUUGUGAUAUAAAACCUGUAAUAGAAAGUUCUUUUAAUGACUCAACUUCACAACUGGAACAUAUUGAAAAGACUUCAAAUGACAAGAACAGUACGAGUUCGAAAAGAAAACGAACAAUAAAUGAAGCUGAAAGUGAUAUACCAAAUAAAAAAUUUUGUUUUAUGGAUGGAGUUCAACCUUCUCAUGUCUCAAAACAAGACUUUGUUUCAGAUGAAGCAUGGAGACGUUUUGUUAAAUUGAUGCUUUAUAAAAAUAGACAAAUAGCAGGUGCUAGGAAAAAAAGUUGGAGAAGGAAGAAACAAAUUGGUACUUUUAAAGAACUUAUCAAGAGUUUACAAGAUAAAAAUGCUUUCUGUGGCUCUGAGUUUUUAGAGGUCGUUUUAUAAUAUUUUCAUAUUUUUUAAACGACCAUUUUAGUGUAGACAUUAUUGGUUAUCAAUUUUGUAUUUAUACAGUGAUCCACGAUCAGAAAUUUUUAUAGU